AUGGAAGAAGGUGAUGGCAAUGUUGUUUCAUUUAUGGUAUUUCUCGCACCUUUACCAACAUUCUAUAAAGUUUACAAGAAGAAAUCAAGUGAAGGGUUUCAGUCCGCACCUUAUGUGGUGGGCUUAUUCAGUGCCAUGCUUUGGAUAUAUUACGCCUUGCUCAAGACAAACACCAUGCUUCUGCUCACCAUCAACUGCGUUGGUUGCUUCAUUCAAACCUUCUACAUUUGUUUCUUCCUCUUUUACGCGCCAAAGAAGACUAGAAUGGAGAGCCUGAAGCUAAUUGUAUUGCUAAUAGUUAUUGGCUUCGGGUUGGUUAUAUUCCUAACACAAUUUUUUGCAAGUGGAGUCGAUAGAGUUGUCAUAGUUGGAUGGAUUUGCCUUGUGUUUUCUUUGUGCGUUUUUGUCGCACCUUUGGGCGUUAUGAGACAAGUGAUUAAGACGAAAAGUGUAGAGUACAUGCCAAUUUUGCUUUCCGUAGCGCUAACCCUCAACGCUGUUACAUGGUUCUUCUAUGGCAUAUUUCUGGGAGAUUUCAACAUUGCGAUUCCAAAUGUGUUUGGAUUCACCUUCGGUGUAAUUCAAAUGAUACUAUACAUGGUCUACAAGAACAAGAAGCCAGUUAGCUGUGAAACAAUGUCUGAAGUGAAAAUCAGUGAAAUGGAGGAGCAAAAAAUCUCACAACUAGAAGAUCAGAAAGCGAUCGACAAUGUGAAGCUGCACGGGGCUCUAACUUGUUCCGAUAUUCUUCCCGUAGUUGAUCAAUUAAACGAAAAGAAACAUGAUGCUGUCCUUGUGGCUGUUGAGCCUCAAGUUCUCCCAAAUGUACCAAAUCACAUCAUUGAAGUCACUGUAUGAGAUCAAUAAAUGCCUUUUCAUUUGGGCGCAUGACCAGCCAAAUGUGUGGCCGUAUAGUCUGGUGUUGUGUAGUUUUGGCCAUAUUCUUUAUGAACAUUUGUAGUUUUUUUUGUAACUUGUUGCAGAUCGCAUUUCUAGCUAAUACAAGCUUAUUUUUCUUCCUAGAAUUAAAUAAUCGUCAAUAUAAACGAGUAUAGUGUUCCAU